AUGGAUAACUAUGGGUUCGUAAUAGACGAACCAACAUUUAGAAUGGAAGAAGCAAAUAAUGUGAGGAGUAUAAAACGCAAUGGGAGGAUAUUUUCGGUGUCGACAGUGAUAGAGGUGCAAGAAUAUACUCGUGUACAAUGUAUACAGUAUAGAUACUUAACGCAAACUGCAAAAGGUAUUAAAUUGUCAGAACGGGUCGGAAUUUUGAACGGGUGUGUUGACGAAACUGCAUCACGGGAAACAUUUGAAAAAGUUUUUGUGUUGUUGGUGUAUUUCACGGAAGUCUAUUUCAUACUUAAUAAAGAUUACUGGGCGAAAACAUUAAAGAAGAGACAUGUACUGUACAGAGGAAACUAUACUCCUCAGGGGUGA